ACCCACAAGACUCCACCUUCCAGUAACAAGAGAUGAUUUAUCAUGAGCACACUGGCGACAGAGGCUAGGAAAUCAGCCGAUGCUUUCACAUAGCCGGUGCAUAUGAUGUGGAAAGUGUUUUGUACUGCGGAGAGGGAUUGAGGAAAGGUUCACGCGUAUGUAUCACAACAGGAGAGGGAAACCAGCCUUCAGUUUUGCGAGUGGGAAGCAGCACAAAGUAAACGAUGGAGACUGAUGUAUUGAUGCUUGUGAUAAAGGCAUGAGUGCUUGGAUAUCUGCGUCGGAUUCAAACGGGCGUGUGCGACUUAUCAAAGCAUAUGCUUGUGCAUUGUUAAUUUGUUAAUAUCUACUGCUCAGUUGUGAAUAUACAUUGAUAAAUAAUGUGGAAUGAUGGGAAUCAGUUUAAUGUCCUCAUCGGAUGUAGUUAUUUUUCAGAAUCUUCUUAAUUUGCUAAUGUAUGAAAAAAUAAUGGGUUCUUAGCAGAGACCAAUAAGCAACCAAUCCAGAGUGUCAAACGCUAAGUCUUAUAGGGGGCGAAAUGGAACACAAGAAAUUCACAAGCCACUUUUGGAGGCCUCGACCGUUUUAACCUCUAUUUGGACUGCUUUUUCCAGGACCAGGGACAGCGGCCAUGAACAGGUUACGCAGAAAAGCGUGCGUGGCUUUGUUAUUGUUCACUCUGUUCAUUUUUGGCACUAUGAUGGGCCUAAGAACACUUAAGCCCACUGAUGGUUUCUCAGAUCUUGCACCAGGAAUGGAGCUGAUGCCUUUGGUUGGAGAGCGAAUGGAACAGAGACCCAAUCAUUUAAUAGAAUCAGCAGGUCAAAAUGGUGGUUUGCACAGUGACACCAAGAUCGUGUUCUCCAACUCUGGUCCUGAUCACAGCAUAUUCUAUGACAUUCACAUAUUCUAUUAUUUAUGGUAUGGCUCACCACAGAUGGACAGUAGUUAUAUACACUGGGACCACGUAUUGGUACCACACUGGGACCCCAAAAUAGCAGCCAGUCACCCUAAAGGAAGACACAAUCCUCCGGAUGACAUUGCGUCCAGUUAUUAUCCUGAACUUGGACCCUACAGCUCCAGAGAUCCAGAAGUCAUUGAAUCUCACAUGGCACAAAUCGAAGCUGCAGCUGCAGGUGUGGUGGUCUUGUCCUGGUACCCACCUGGUGUGGCAGAUGAACAUGGCAAACCCUCAGAGGAUCUAGUGCCUGCUGUAAUGGAUGCUGCCCAUAAACACAGUAUCAAGGUAACUGGUUGCGUUUCACCUGCAGCCCUACAAAGGCCGGACAGAUAUCAGUGUGCAUGACAACAUCAAAUACAUCAUUGACACAUAUGGGACACAUGGUGCUUUCUA